AUGCCGUCCCCGUCUCUCCUCCUCCGCGCCCCUCCUCUCUGCCCCUCCCACUCCCCGCGCCGCUUCGCUUCCCCCUCCCUCACCACCUCGUCCCCAGCCGCCCGCCUCCGGCUCCGCCCUCUGCGCCUGCCCCCCGCCGCGUCCCGCCACGCGCCUCGCGCCGGGGACACGCGCGUGCCCGACGACCUCAUCCCGAUCGCGCGAUGCUACGAGGGCCGCCUCGCUCGGCUCGAGCUCGCCGGCGCCGCGCGCCGGGAACAGGCCGUCGCGGCGGCGGCCGCGGCCGACGGAGGGGCCACCGCGGAGGCGCACCUCGCCGCCGGUUCCGACGCCAUGGUCGUCGAGACGUUCCUCCCCGGGCCCCAUGGCGGCGGGACGACCGCCUCCUCCACGCGAGUGAUUUUGCAAGCGAAGGAAGUUAAAGAUAAGGCCAGUAAGAUAGAGAAACAAUUCGGAUCUGAUUUUUUCUUUGCAAACGAGCCUGAUUCAGAGAGUAUGUUGGCUAUGGCCUUUAAGCAAGUUGUAAUUCAGCGGCUCUCAAACUUUCGGCUCGAGGUCUUCUCCCCAGGUUCAGUGAGAGACUUCCAAGAUUUUGGCAAACCCCGAAAGGGGUCUUUGGAUUGUAGUAUCAGCUCAUCAGAUGGAAAACUUCUGUCUUCUCUCGCUGAAGCCAUUUUCUCCUGCGUCAUUGAGGAUGCCAGAAAAAAUCAUUUUGGGGGCAUAGGCAGUUUGUUUCAGAAGCGACAGCUCAACUGCUCAUUGGAUUCCUCGGUUUGUAUACACAGAAUUUCUGAGGCAGAAAUAGUAAAAAAUGCUAAGAGGUGCCUGGAGACUUUUAGUCUAAUGAAGUCUUCUCAUGAAGUGCACAAAACAAAGAAUGGAUGGUGGCCACCUCCAAAUUAUGAAAGUUUGGUGAAGAUUGGGGGUCCUGAGUUAGUGCUUUGGACCAAUGAGUACAUUCCUACCUAUAAGCUGCAAAUUAACGCCAACAUAUUGGAGAAUUCUAAUCUUGAAGGUGAAGGUCUUUACGAGUUAGAAAGUAAUAGGCGGGAAGUUCUCUUAACCCACUCGCAACUGGUGGAACUAGGGAAUGUUCUAGACAUGUACUUUGAAGAUCAAUUCACAUUACCAGGCAAAACAUUCCAUCCUCAUUGGAAUUCAGAUCCAUCAAAGAUUAAAAAGAACAAUGGCUAUUUGAACAACCUUUCCACUUUCUUGGCUGGGAGCUGUAUUUUUCUUUUUGUCGCCGUCUUUGCUCAAUUAUGCUGGCCUCAAUCUUUUAGAGACAAAAGGCUAUUCAAGGAAAGUUCAAAUGCCUCAUCAUCUCAGAACUAUUGUUCUGAUAUCAAGUCUCUUGAUAACAGUGAGAUACAAGCUUAUUGCACGUCUCUUGUUAAGAAAAUGAAAGACUCAUAUGGCUGCCUUGGUGAUGUAAUGGUUGAUGCACACAUUGGAGCUUGGGUUGGAGAACUGCCUAACUGCUUCAAGGCAAUCAAUAGCGAGGAUGCUGCUGCUUCUGGCUAUUUUCAGCAUCCUGACACUCUUAGCCAAGAAAAUCAAUCCCAGUCGGUACCAAUUAAUAUUAAGAUGUCCCAUUUGGAACAAAAUGAUAGAACCCAGGAAACUCUGCAGAAUAUUGCUAGUUUUCAGGUCGUCAUAUCAGAAGAAGGUAAAGUAGUGGGAUUUCAGCCAACUAACCGUCCAGCUGUGAACCAUUGGGCAACAAACCCACUGGCGACACUUCUGUAUCAGGGGCGGUCACUUUCUCCAGGAGUCAAGGACCCUUCACUCAUGGAGGUCCCUGUUGGUGAUUCAAGAAUGGGGUUCAGCUUUAACAGCCAUAUGGAAAUGCAUAUGGGUUCAUGGGAUUAA